AAUGAUAAAGAAGGAGCUUCCAACCGGGUGGUCAGGGUCAUCCCAGGAUCCAACACAGACUUCAGCAUCAACAUCCAAAAUGUCCAGCCUGAAGAUGCCGGGACCUACUAUUGUGUGAUGUUCCUGAAAUGGGUCCAAGAGAGAGAGCUGGCUUCGGGGAAGGGCUCUCUGGUCUCUGUAAUUGCAAAGCCAUCCCAACCUGUGGUUCUUGGACCCACAAGAAGAAUCGCUGUAGGUUCUCAGGCCGCCUUCAACUGCUCCACAGAGGGAUUCUCCCCACAAGAGAUCACGGUCAGCUGGUGGAAGGAUGGGAAAAAAAUACUGGCUGUCCAGACCAGGGUCAUGAAUUCUGAUGAAAAGCAGAGCAUCUCCUACCGAGCAGAGAGCACGGUAGAAAUCCCGCUGGAGGAAGGAGAUAUGAAGUCUCAGCUGACCUGCCAGAUCCAACACAAAUCCUUGAAUGGUUCUCUCCAGCAGACCUUUGCACUUGGGAAUAUCCUAAGAG